AGUCGAACGGCCAGGAUGAGGCUCUUGCAGACCCGGUGCACGGACCCGCGUCAGCCGCGUCUGGUUUCUUAUUUAAAUCGCCAAAAGGUCGGCGGGCAGAGGAAAAAGCCCACUAGUCUUCUUGCCAGCUCGCAGCCGCGAACCCUAGUCGCUCCGCGCGGCCCAGACGACGAGCCCGAUUCGUUCCUGUGUUCUAUUGGCUUCGGUCAAGCCUGUAUCUUUUACUGCAACACUAUGAACUCCCCUGGUGCUGGAAGGCGGAUUCAGAAGAGGCGACGAACUACAACAAAGUCUCUCUCACAGCUUUUGGACCUGAACUGUCCCCCUGCUGAAGGGGCUGAGGGGGGUUCACCUUUCAGCAGUUUGCCUGUCUCACACAAUGAGGCUUCCAGCAGUAUGACUGUACAACUCAACCAGGCUUCCAGUAGUAUCCCACCGGCUACUAAUGAGCCACACAUUGGCAUGCAUAGUUGCCCCAUCGAUGUUGAAGCCAUCGAUGAUGAUGUUGUUAUCUAUUCUUCAACAUCGCUCCCUCAAGCAAGACAACAGUCGACCAGGCGUAUUACUGUGAUAUUAGAUGAUGAUUCUGAUACAAACCCAGAACCAGCAGGGGAUGCUCUUGAUGAGCAUGUGAACACACUGCUAUCUCUGGGCACCAACCGCAGGCAUGAGCCUCCAAGUGCAACUAACACUUUUCCUGUAAUAAGUUUAGUGGACACUCCAGAAGUCAACUUCUUCAAGGCACCCCCUGAACCUGUGAAGGAGGUCCCGAAGGAACCAAAGUUCACCUGCCCGAUAUGCAUGAAUGAGCUGACGGAAGCGGCAUCCACCGUCUGCGGUCACAUUUUCUGCCAGAAGUGCAUCAAGGCUGCCAUUCAGGCUCAGAAGAAGUGCCCUACCUGCCGAAGGACCCUUAAUAAGAACCAGCACCACCGGGUGUACCUCCCAACGACGGAGUAAUCCGGUGCAGUCAUUCUGGUACAAGUUCUGCAGCACGCCUUCACCACAUUGUGGCGAUUGCAUGUCAGAGCUAGUUAGAGACUUAUUGAAAGCAUAGAGUAUUACAGCGAUUUAACAAGUGGUUUUGCCCUCGGCAUUUGGGACAUCAUACCAAGCUGUAUCGUCAGUAAAGUAAAUCCUUACAUCAUCUGGAUAUGGGUGUUACUAUUAUGGUCGACGCAGUAUCUUAUCCUUUCUGUUUGGGAUGUGAAUUGUGAUGCGAUGUGAAGUUA